GGAGGAACAUAAAGUACGACAUAAAAACAAACUGUUAGAAUUCCGCGCGGAUUCAUUGGAUCGGCGCUGCACCUCUCUUCCCUGGGUCGAGGGGAGCGAAGGGUCGAGAGGAGCGAGAGGGUCGAGGCUGCUCUUGCGCUCUGGGUGGCCCUCCCCGCUGCCGGCGCUCCACGCUGGCCGGCGGCGGCGGGGCCGCGGCGGAGCCCCGCAGGGCUCCGCGCGUGCGCGGAAGGGCCCGGCGCCGGGCGCGCGCGGGGGGCCGCCGGGGGCUCCCGCGGGCGGCCCCACCCGCUCGCGGGGCGGUGCGCCAGGAGAGCGUUUUUGCUGUUUUUCCCUCCAUGACCAUGGGUACCUUUUUCCUCCUCUGAGGGAACGCCCGCUGUCGCCGAGGAAAAAAAUAAAAACGCUAUCCAGCGGGAGAGGUGGCCGCCCGGAAGGCGGAGGGCGCGUGCUCGUAUCCGGGGGGAGGGGGGAGACAAAAGUCAGGAGGGAAGAACAUGGAGGGCUGUGAGGAUUGGAAGACGCGCACAGCCUAAAUAGGCAGUGCGAUGCUCUUAUCUGCACCUGCCAAGACCUGGCUCAGCCAGCAGUCGGUGACUUCGCGCCCAAGGCGGCGCCGCCUUGCUCAGAGGAGCUAGACGGGGUCGGGGGCCAACGACUCGGGCUCACACGGCCAGGCCCGUCUUGGGAUCGUACUCCGCCUCGACCAAGAGACCGUCCUCGUACUUGACCAAGUCGUACUUGCCAGUUCUGAGAAGGCCGGCCGGUGUGUUGGACCCAGCCUCGCCGGGCUCGUAGGCGCGGAGUGCCGACGCCGGGCCGCCGCCGAUGGAGCCGUCGGGCCUGAUGGCCGGAUCCUCGCCCCAGGCACCGCAGCGCACGCCGCCGGCCUCCUCCAGCACCCGGCGGACCUCCCGGAAGGCGCCGAGGUCGGGGCGCACCGCCAGCGAGCAGUCGUCGAGGCGGUUCACCUGCUCGAAGCUGUUCAUACGGCGGUCGUAGGCCUCGUGGUGCUCGAAGUGCGAGGAAGAGAGAGCGGCGCAAGCACAGACCCGCGGGGCUCCGCGGGGACCUCCUGGAUUGGCGCCGGGCCCCCUCCCCCUCCCUGGCGCGCGGGGGCCCAGCGCCGACCCGAGGAGCCCGCGCGGGCCCUCAAGCACUUGUCCUUUUGCGACGCGCUCUCUCGCGUCCUCGAGAUGUGGGCAACCACCAGGUCCAGGGGCGUCUGCAGCGCAGCCGUGGCCGGCACGUUGGGGUCGGCCCUUGCCUCGAGGAGCUUCCUGCAGAAGCCGGCAGAACCGGCUGCUGCGGCGUGGUGGAGCGGCGUGCGGCCAUCGUCGCCCUUGGAGUUCACGUCGGGCCUCUUCUUCAGCACCCUGUCCAGGCGCGCGUGGCACUUGCCCCACGUGCAGAAAAUGGUCGCAAGCUCCACGUCGGGGGGCAUCCUCUUGGGGAGCUCCCCGGCGUCGACCUUGGGGACGACCACGGCCGCCAUCGCUGAGGCUGCUCGAGGGGCGCGGCCCGGGCGCGGCUAAACCCCUGCCCCUGGUGGGCGCGGCCGACGGGGCGGGGUGCGGCGCCAGCGGCUGGAGCCGAAAUAGCUACCCU